GAUGGACGGAAAUGUAGUGCAUCCUCACCCGGGAGUGGUACCGGGUGGCAUCCCAGGAGUGGUACAUGGCAUGGCGGUCCAUGGUGCAGGCCCUGAUGGCGAGCAUGCCCCUCACGGACCGCGUCGCCGCUACCAAAACAGACCUAAGCCUCCAAGCAACUUGGAACGCUUGCCCCUGGAUGAAGCUGCUAAACGGGAAAUGGAAUCUCUUCCAUUGAAGACACCAGUAUCUGUGCUUCAAGAACUACUUGCACGUCGAGGAACUGUGCCCAAGUACGAGUUGGUGCAGAUUGAGGGCAUGAUACAUGAGCCUACCUUCCGCUACCGUGUGACAGUUGCUGAUCUUGUUGAUGUAAUUACAGCUAUGGGUACGGGGCGCUCUAAGAAGGAAGCUAAGCAUUCCGCAGCUAAAGCUUUACUCGACAAACUUACUGGAGCUGCUCCUGCUGAUCAGUCUACAAAUGGCAACGUGCCUGAGACUGGAACUGUGGUGUCAUCGUUUGAAGAUAAAUUGAUGGGAAAUCCUGUUGGAUGGCUGCAAGAGCUGUGCAUGUCUAGAUUCUGGCCCCCACCUUCUUACCAUGCUGAGAAUGAUGAUAAUGUUAAUAGGCGUUUACCACAUGAACGCCAAUUCACCAUUGUGUGCACUCUGCUGAAGCGUCGUGAAGUGGGAACUGGCAAGUCUAAGAAACUUGCUAAGCGUCAGGCUGCUUACAAGAUGUGGCAAGCUCUGCAGGACAACCCACCAGAAUCAUUCCAACCAGAGGAAGAGGGCGGAGUCGCGGCCCGUUAUGCCGACUUGAAAGAUAGUAAAAUCUCCACUUUGACUACAAGUCACAGCCACAAGGUGUCGCAGUUUCACAAACAUCUCAAACAAUCUGUUGGCCCUAACCUGGCCAAGUUGCAGGUAACACCCCUUAAUAACAAGGACUUCAACUUUGUGCAAUUCUUGCAAGAAAUUGCAUCUGAGCAGUCAUUCGAAGUUACUUAUGUGGAUAUUGAAGAAAAGUCCAUGAUUGGUCGUUGCCAGUGCCUUGUCCAGCUAUCCACAUUGCCAGUGGCUGUUUGCUAUGGCUCAGGACUUACUAGCAAAGAUGCACAGUCGUCUGCGGCCCAGAAUGCUUUGGAAUAUCUGAAGAUCAUGACUAAAAAGUGA